CCCAGAUGAACGCCACGCCGAUCCCCGCGCCCCCCGCGGCGUCCCUCCCCGACGCGCCGGCCCCCGCGCCCAAGAAGAAUGCGGCGGUCGCCGAGAUGGCCAUGCGCCUCACCGUCGACACGGACGACGCCUUCGCGGGCCUCCUCGAGCUCGCCGCCGACGACGACGCCGACGGCCUGCUCCGCGCGCUGGCCCGCGCGCCGCCCGCCGCCGCCGACGAGCCCGGCCUCUGGUACGGCCGCCGCAAGGCCCUCGAGCGCCGCACCCCGCUCAUGGUCGCCGCCACCUACGGCAGCCUCGCCGCGCUGCGCCUGCUGCUCUCGCUCCCCGCCGUCGACGCCAACCGCCGCUGCGGCCCCGACGGGACCACCGCGCUCCACUGCGCCGCCUCCGGGGGCUCCGCCUCCGCCGUCGACGCCGUCCGGCUGCUCCUCGUCGCCGGGGCCGACGCCGACGCCACGGAUGCGGCCGGGUGCCGCCCCGCCGACGUCAUCUCCGUCCCGCCCAAGAUGGUCGACGCCAAGAUCGCGCUCCAAGAUCUGCUCGGCUUCCCCAAGCUCCUCCGGGUAGCCACAAACGCCCCAAGGAACUCGAUCUCCUCGCCCGUCUCCUCGCCCACCGCCGAAGACGCCGCGACGCGGUCCCCAUCUGCCGCGCUGAUGCUGACGACCAAGUUCGCCGACCUGCCCAGGGUCGCCACCGCCACUUCAGAAAAGAAAGAGUACCCGGUGGAUCCGUCCCUGCCGGACAUCAAGAGCAGCAUCUACGCCUCGGACGAGUUCCGCAUGUACUCCUUCAAGAUCAGGCCGUGCUCGCGGGCCUACUCGCACGACUGGACCGAGUGCCCCUUCGUGCACCCGGGGGAGAACGCCCGGCGCCGGGAUCCCCGCAAGUACCACUACAGCUGCGUGCCGUGCCCGGACUUCAGGAAGGGCGUGUGCCGGCGCAGCGACAUGUGCGAGUACGCGCACGGCGUGUUCGAGUGCUGGCUGCACCCCGCGCAGUACCGCACCCGCCUCUGCAAGGAUGGAACCGGCUGCAACCGCCGCGUCUGCUUCUUCGCGCACACCACCGAGGAGCUCCGCCCGCUCUAUGUCUCCACUGGGUCCGCGGUGCCGUCCCCGAGCCCGAGGGCCUCGGCCACGGCUGCGAUGGACAUGGCGGCGGCAAUGGGCUUGAUGCCUGGUUCUCCAUCGGCGGUUUCGGCAGCCAUGUCCCCGUUCACCCCGCCGAGGUCUCCUUCUGGCAAUGGGAUGCCGCCUUCCUUGGGCUGGCAGCAGCAGCCAAAUGUUCCAACGCUACACCUUCCGGGCAGCAGUCUUCAGUCGAGCAGACUCAGGAGUUCACUCAAUGCCAGAGAUAUGCCUUUGGAUGACUACGCCCUGAUGCAGGAGAUGGAUUCUCAGCUUAUGAAUGGUCUCUGCGCACGCCUUGGUUCUUCGUCUGCAGGGAACCAUGCUUCUCGCACCAAGAGCCUGAAUCCCUCAAACUUGGAUGAUCUCUUCUCUGCUGAGAUGAUCUCGUCCCCGAGGUACAGCAAUGCAGAUCAAGGCGCUAUGUUUUCACCUUCUCAGAAGGCUGCUAUCCUUAACCAGUUCCAGCAACAGCAGCAAGCACUGCUCUCACCAAUCAACACAGGGGGCUUCUCGCCAAAGACCGUGGACAACCAGCAGAUUCCUUCACGCUCAUCGCUGCUGCAAGCAUCACUUGGGAUGUCCUCCCCUGGCCGGAUGUCUCCCCGUUGCGUUGAAUCUGGGUCCCCAAUGAACUCCCACAUGGCAGCCGCCUUUGCCCAGCGUGAGAAACAGCUGCAGCAACAGCACCAGCAGCAGCAGCAGACAAUGAGGAGCCUUAGUUCUCGUGAUCUUGGGCCUAGUGCGACGAGGAGCCUCAGUUCUCGUGAUCUUGGUCCUAGUGCCGCAAGAGCAUCGGCUCUAGUUGGCUCUCCUCUCAGCUCGUCAUGGUCCAAGUGGGGAUCUCCUUCAGGGGCACCUGAUUGGGGUGUGGAUGGUGAAGAACUGGGUAAGCUUCGCCGAUCAUCUUCCUUUGAACUGAGAUCAGGUGGUGACGAUCCAGAUCUCUCGUGGGUGCACACACUGGUUAAGGAGUCUCCGCCAGAGAAGCAAGGUACCGCAGCUGAAUCCAUGAACUCCGUUGGACCUUCUCCACUUAUGCAUCCGAAUGUUAACAAUGGUGAAGGUUCGAGGCUGAACACACGGAUGGAUGGAGAUGACCAAGCCACAAUUAUUGGAGCAUUGCUUGAACAGAUGCAGCUUGAUCAGCAAAUGGGUAGUCUAGCAACAUAGACAAACAGCAGGGCCUGCGAGGUGCAAGAAGUUAUUGAUACUCUUAGCUAAAGAAUUUGAAGUAUUUUUUGUUGUUUUUGUUCAUUAAGAUGGUCAGCAAGCAAGGCUGGAUAGCUGAAGGUGGUGAUUCAGAGAUUGGUUUUCUUUAAAUUUUUGGAGGUAUACAAUAUGGAGGUUCCAGUAGGUUAAAGUACCUCAGUUGGGGUUGUUCCAAGGCCGACAGCAGGUAGAAUCGCACCCCGGCAGCUUCAGUUCAUCAGUCACAGACUUCUCUAUUUUGUUAAUUAACCCUGUUAAAAGGAAAAGCUUAUCUGCCCAUAUCAGGAUUCUUUCCUUUACCUAGUGGUGUUUAUUUUGUUUAUUGUUACAUGGAUACUUGAUGUACUGAUGGUAUAAAUGGGUAUACCUGGCAUGCUUAAGUACCAAGUGCCAAAAUAUUUUUUGCUUCAUCAUUUGUCGGGGAUUUAUACCAUGGCCUAGGUUUUGGUCAGAUGUUGAUGCCUCUGUAAUUCUUGGGUUAUAUUUGUAAUAAUGUAAAAUCGUUAUUGAACUUGCACUGCUA